UCCUCUCGCUACAGCAAGGACGCUUCCAGUAAUAGCAAUGGGAGCUCCGUCGCCUCGAAAUCGCGAAGCCGAGCGUCAUCGGCGGCUACCCCUACAGCCGGCACUUACGCGCGAAGUCCCCCGUCGUUGAACUCGUCGCCGUCGCUGGCAACCAUCGCGUCGGUGGCCAGCUCCAGCAGCGGUUCCAGCUACCGUGUGGCGGCCUGUCCCGAAGGGAUUCGUAUGAUAUCAUGAGGGGCUACUCGCAACCCUCGCUAGCCAGCAUACCGAGUCGCGGCGCGACGCCAGGAGAGGAUUCGCCAACAAUACCACGUGCUUUGGAUCCUGUGCGGAACGUCUCGAGCCGGCCCAUUGCUAACUUGGCCGACAUACGGCAGGCGGAGGAAGAUGGCUCUCUAGAUUACCAGGGCGGCUUCUGGGAGGUGGCUGAGAACGUCGAUCCUACCGUUCAGGCGGCUGCGGAUGUCGGGAUGAGGCGGGUGGGCCUGACGCGGAAAAUCUCGGAUUCCAGGAGGAUAAUGACGCCGGUGUUGGACAAUCAGGAUGAGGGAGGCGGGAGUGCUGCCGAAUUGGAGGAGGGGGACGACCACGACGAGAGCACAGUGUUAGUGGCUACACCAAGGAACCGGGGAUCGACACAGUCUGGCGCCCAAUCGUCGACGUACGACAUGUCGUCGGACGAGGAAUCCACUUCGUCUUCGGUGGGAACGAAAUCGACAAUCGGUUCGACGCGGACGGGAGCUUCGUUCACGAACGCAAAAACAAGAUCGUCAAGGGGCUCGGGAUAUCCGCAUCUGGAAUUGCAGACUACUUUUACGCGGCCGUCUACGGCCAACUCCAUGGCGGUCGAUCGGCAGGUAUCCGCGUUGAUGCGGCCUUCGAGCUCGACGGGGUAUCUGUCGAGGACAAUGAAUGCUUCGCCGAUGAAAUCCGGCACACCUUCGGGCAAGGUGAGGUUGCUACCUGGGCUAGAGAUCCCGGGAUUGGAGGAGUCGGGUUCGCGCCUGUCAUCUCUCGCGGGCAGAUCCUCGUCGUCAACUUCAUCGAGCCAGCAUACAUCUGCGGCGAGCAGUAGAGCACCCUCAACGAACAUCAGCUCGGUGAUCCGUUCGGACAGCAAUUCGUCCACAACUAGCACUUCGACAAGUACGCAAACGGCAAGGACCAAUACCCCAUCCGCUCAGAGAAAGUUGGUUUCGUCGCGUGACCGGAAUGCCAUCCCAAGAGCGCCUGCUGCAGCGGCUUCGACUCUCAAGAGCAAAUCCCGACACCCGCCCAGCCUCGAGCCGCCGAUUCCGGACCCCGCCAGUGCGCCCAAAGUUGACCCUGCUCCAGCGAGCGGGAUGUAUUGGUAUAAGGCGCCGACGCAUGGCCUGGAACAUAAACCGUUGCGCGCGCACACGUGUACGCUCGUAGGGAGUAAUAUCUAUGUGUUUGGCGGGUGUGAUCUGACCACGUGCUUCCAUGACAUGCACGUCUUCGACGCGGACUCCAUGUCGUGGUCGAAACCCGAAGUGUGCGGCGACAUACCGCCGCGGCUGCGCGCGAUGACGUGUACCGCGGUCCGCAACAAGCUCGUCAUAUUUGGCGGCGGCGACGGCCCCAUCUACUACAACGACAUCUACGUCUUUGACACCACGACGUCACGAUAUACCAAGAUCGAACUGGGCAAGGACGACGUCAUGCCGUGUCCUCGCCGCGCCCACACCGCCUGCCUCUACAAGAACGGCAUCUAUGUGUUCGGCGGCGGAGACGGCGUCCGCGCGCUCAACGACGUGUGGCGCCUCGACGUCACCGACAUCGGCAAGCCCAGCUGGCGCCAGGUCUCGCCCGCGCAGUCGACCACCCCUCCCUCCCACGACGGGAGCUCCUCGGUAGCGCCGGACCCCGUCCGCCCCAAGGCCCGCGGCUACCACACCGCAAACAUGGUCGGCAGCAAGCUGAUCAUCUAUGGCGGCUCCGAUGGCGAGGAGUGCUUCAAGGACGUGUGGGUCUUUGAUGUCGAGAAACUGCUGUGGAGCUGUGUGGAAAUCAAGAAGAGCUUUUCGAGACUGAGCCACUCUGCGACCGUCAUUGGGAGCUACCUGUUUGUUGUCGGGGGACACGAUGGCGUCGAGUACUCGCAUGAGGUGCUGCUGUUGAAUCUGGUAACGAUGCAGUGGGAUCGCCGCAGAGUCUACGGCAUGCCGCCGAGCGGCCGGGGGUAUCAUUGCGCGGUUCCGUACGACUCAAGACUCUUCAUCAUUGGCGGCUUCGACGGACACCGAGUCUUCAAUGACACGUACAUCCUCGAGCUCGCCGUCAGCAGCUACUACAGCCAGAUCUCGCACUUUAGCGUGGUGGUUAGUCCUACUUGACCAGCGUUUUCCACCUUCUUCACCGACAUCGACACCGCCACCGCCACCCCCAUCGCUACACACUCACGAUAUCCACGAACUCACUUCAACUACUCAUUGUAUUCACUAGUCGGCGUGGGGGUUUCCAUUCCAUUUCUCAUUUUUCUUAGUCCAUAACUAGAUCCGAAGCGCUCCUGGAGUCAAAAGUUCCCCUCUUCUCUCUUCCUCUUUUCUACUUUAUUUGGGCUGGUUUGGUUAAGGGAGUGGUCUGUUUUUUGUUUUUG